AUGAAGCUGAAGUGGAAAGACAAGAAGCGGUGGUUCAAGAGGCAAAGCAAGUCAGAGAUGAGGUCGUUAUUGUUGCUGAGCACGAAGCGAUUGUUACGAAGAAUAGUAAUACGAGAUACCGCCAAGGAUGUACCUACAAAAAAUUUCCUCAACUGCAAGGCUAUUGAUUUUGAUGGGAAGGGUGGAGCAACUGCUUAUCUCCAGUGGAUGGAGAAGAUGGAGGCCGUAAUUGCUAUGAGUCACUGCACUUAUGAUCAGAGAGUUACUUAUGUUGCUGGAUGUUUUGUGCCUGAUGCUUUGUCAUGGUGGAACAAUGAGAUCCGCGUCAGAGGAGGAAGAGAUGCAGCCUUGGCUAUGCCUUGGAAGGAGUUCAAGGAUCUGAUGCAAGUAGGGUUUUGCCCUGUCCACGAGUUACAGAAAUUGCAUACUGAGUUCCUACAGCUUACGAUGGUUGGAGCAGAUCAUGCUGGCUACACUAGUAAAUUCUAUGAGUUAUCUAGAUUGAUUCCCCACCUGGUAGAUCCUGAGCCAAAAUGGAUUGAGAAGUAUAUUGCUGGGUUAGAACCACAUGUUCGUGUGCAAGUGGUGACUGCUGGACCGGUCACUAUUCGAGAUGUUGUGAGCAAGGUAGGUUGUCUGACUGAAGAACUAGUAAGAAGUGGUAUUCUAAGUAGGGGAAGAAGCAAGAGAAGGGAGUCGGUGGAGACGAGUAAGAGGAGGGAAUUCAGGGGAGACAAAAGAGCAAGAGUGGGAAGAGUGUAUGCAUCAACUGAGAUGGGCCAGAAGGGUUAUCCAACCCCAGCAGCAGCGAACCCUAACCAACUUCAGAUUGCCGGUCCGCCUCCACCAAGAGCUAACCAAGGACAACAAGCCAGAGGUCGGGUCUUUGCCUUAAAUGUUGUGGAAGCUGCUAAUGAUCCUAAUGUUGUUACUGGUACAUUUUCUCUAAACGAUCAUGAUGCUACUGUGUUAUUCGAUUCUGGAGCCGACUAUAGUUUCGUGUCUACUAACUUUUUCUGUAACUUAAAUGUGCCAACAUGUUACUUGCAUACUUAUUAUGAGAUAGAGGUAGCUAGUGGUCAACUGGCUAGACUAGAUCGUGUAGUGCCUAAAUGUAUUUUUACUCUUGAGGGCUAUUCGUUUUACAUUGACUUGAUUCCGUUUGGAAUGGGUAGCUUUGAUGUUAUCGUUGGGAUGGAUUGGUUGUCCCGUGUUGAUGCAUCUAUUUUGCAAGGCGCUAAGUACUUCUCGAAGAUUGAUCUUCAUUCGGGUUACCAUCAGCUGAGAGUACGUGAAGAGGACAUUCCAAAGACAACUUUUAGAACGAGAUAUGGGCACUUCGAGUUUUUAGUGAUGCCCUUUGGAUUGACAAACGCGCCUGCUAUUUUCAUGGAUCUCAUGAACCGUGUAUGUAAGCCUUAUUUAGAUCAGUUUAUUAUUGUAUUCAACGAUGACAUCCUCAUCUACUCAAAGACCAAGAAAGAGCACGAAGUACAUUUUAGGCAAGCGUUAGAGCUUCUGAGAACUGAAAAGAUGUAUGGAAAGUUUUCAAAUUGUGAAUUUUGGUUGGAAGAGGUGAAGUUUUUGGGUCUUGUAGUUAAUAAGGAUGGAAUAAAGGUUGAUCCCAGCAAGAUAGAAGCAGUGGAGCAUUGGAGAAGGCUGGAGACACCAACAGAGAUCAGACAGUUCCUUGAAUUAGCUGGCUACUACUGA